GGGGAUCAUCUGAUAGGAUGCAUGUGCCUUGUUGUUGGUGUUGUAAAUAAUACGUUUGAGUUUUGACAACAACAGCAACAAUCAUGGCGGCCGGUCCAGUUUCAGAACGAAAUCAAGAUGCCACAAUUUAUGUGGGUGGUUUGGAUGAUCAAGUGACUGAAACUUCAUUAUGGGAUUUAUUUGUUCAAUCUGGACCAAUUGUAAAUGUUCACAUGCCUAAAGAUAGAGUUACACAGUUACAUCAAGGCUAUGGAUUUGUUGAAUUUAUGGGUGAAGAAGAUGCUGAUUAUGCAGUUAAAUGCAUGAAUAUGAUAAAACUUUAUGGUAAACCAAUAAGAGUUAAUAAAGCAAGUUCACAUCAAAAAAAUCUUGAUGUUGGUGCAAAUAUAUUUAUUGGUAAUUUAGAUCCUGAAGUUGAUGAAAAGUUAUUGUAUGAUACAUUUAGUGCUUUUGGAAUUAUUCUUCAAACACCAAAGAUAAUGCGUGAUCCAGAAACUGGUAAUUCAAAAGGUUUUGCAUUUAUAAAUUUUGCAUCAUUUGAUGCAUCAGAUGCAAGUAUUGAAGCAAUGAAUGGUCAAUUUCUUUGUAAUCGUCCAAUAUCAGUAUCAUAUGCAUUUAAACGUGAUGUAAAAGGUGAACGUCAUGGUUCAGCAGCUGAACGUCUUUUAGCAGCUCAAAAUCCAUUAUCCCAUGCUGAUCGUCCUCAUCAAUUAUUUGCUGAUGCACCAAUAAUGUCAGCUCAAGGACCAGGACCAAUGAAUCAUCAAAUGCAUUCAGAUCAUCGUCCUAUGAUGCAUCAUGGAAUAGCUGUACCACCACCACCGCCACCACCUCCAAUGUCAAUGAGUCAUAAUCCUCCUCUUCCUCCUCUUCCACCACCAUCAAAUUCUCAUCCACCUAUGCCACCUGGUAUGCAUCCACCAAUGCCAUCACAUAUGAUGAUGUCACAACAACAGCUACCACCACCACCACCUCCACCACCAGUUCAUUGGCCUGGACAAGGUCCAUCUGUUGGACAAUAUCCACCACCUCCACCACCACCACCAUCUAAUGGACCCCCACGUUUUCAACAAUUUCAAUCACAACAAGAAUGGCAACAUCCACCACCAUUACCACCACCACCACCACAUUUACAGCAUCAAUUUCAACCACCUUUUCCACCAAGGGUACCAUUCUUACCACCACCACCACCACCAACUUCAUCAUAAUUGUCCUUAAAUAUUAUUUUAUCAUAUGUAUUAAACUACAUAAUUAUUUGUUUUAUUUU